AGUAUUAUAGCCAGUAUGCUGAGGGCGCUGAGUAUUACAUAUUUUUGUUUGUAAAUAUAAACAGGAGAAAAAAAACAAAGUUCUGCCUUGCAAUAGUUAUUGCCUCUUUCAAUAUCGCAAUUCCUGCAGUAUACUCAAGUUAACAAUUUGUACAGAGAUAUUUUUUUUGAAGAAUACAAGUAGAGAAACAAAAGAAGAAAUAAUGCCACAAUUAUUACAUAAUUUUGGAGAAUCGCCGUUUAAAAAGAAAUCUGAAAUAUAUAAUGAAUUAAUAACAGAUUUUGGAAAAGUUAUUAUCAAUGGCAGAUACUUGGAAAAAUCCGAAAUUCAGGAAAAGGUCGAUACUCUCUGCAAGUGGAUGUGCACAACACCUAAGACAACUAUUUACAGAUUAGAUAAUUUUCAUUAUACGGAUGAUCUGGAGAAACUAAAAAAUGCAUUAAAGCAGAAUGAUAAACCAGAUCCAUCUAUUCACUUUUUGCCGGAUCUUCCAAAUGGAAUAAUUGCCGUUGACGGUUGGGAUUCAUCAGUAUCUCUUGAUUUAAAUAGAUAUCCGGAUGAAAUUGUUGUUGAUGCUGCAUGUGGUGCAGCUGUACUAAGAGGAUCUCACGUUUAUGCUCCUGGCAUCAUUGGAAUGCCCAAUGGUUUAAAUAUUGACACUAAGGUCAGUGUAUUUGCCGAUGUCGCUGGUCAGUGCAAGAAGGGCUUAAUUAAACCGUAUGCAGAUGGCAAUAAGAUAUAUUUAGGCAAUGGCAUUCUUCGACAAACGAGGAAAGAAUUAUUUGGCAAAGCUGCAAAAAAUCCACGCGGUAUCGCCAUAAUUAUGACUGAUGUAAUCUCACGAGUUCCACAAUUAAAUGUGAAUGACGAAUCUUUGAGACCACAUGCGCUGUUACAAAAUUUGCCAUCCAUCAUAUGCAGUCUAGUAUUAAAUCCCCAGCCGGGUGAGACAAUCUUGGACAUGUGUGCUGCACCUGGUAACAAGACCACGCAUAUUUCAUUUCUUAUGAAAGGGCAGACACCCCAUGCAGCGCGCUGGGUCAAAGACCGCAAUUGUAUAAUACAAUCACGUCGGCGCAGCUUCGUUCUUACGUUCCUUUGCAGCGAAGUCUCUUUACUGCUGCUGUCCGCCUUUUAAAACCGAAAGGAACAUUGGUGUAUAGCACAUGCACUGUCACAAUAGCGGAGAA